AUGAAAAUUUACGCCGAGAUUUGGUUCUUGAUUCUUGCCGUCACUUGUCACAUUGGUGUAUCCUUGCCAAGAAGUCAAUAUGGUGUCAGAAGCAACAAUAAUAACUGUCCAUUAAUUGCACGAAGUUUCUCUGUUGGGGGAGAUGCAUCAGUUGGUGGCUACAUCGGCGGAGGUGGAAUUGGCGCUGAAGCGGGUGGUUCCAUUGGCGCUGGAGCUGAAUUUGGUGCCAGUGGCUACAUAAGUGGAGGUGCAGAGAUUGACGCCAGUGAUGGUGGUUAUAUAGGUGGAGGUGCCGGGAAAGGCGCAAGUGCUGGAGGUGGAGCUGAAAUUGGCGCCGGCGGCUACAUAGACGGAGGUGCCGGGAGUGGAGCCGGUGCUGGUGGCUACAUAGGCGGAGGUGCCGGGAAUGGAGACGGUGCUGGUGGCUACAUAGGCGGAGGUGCCGGGAGUGGAGCCGGUGCUGGUGGCUACAUAGACGGAGGUGCCGGGAGUGGAGCCGGUGCUGGUGGCUACAUAGGCGGAGGUGCCGGGAAUGGAGACGGUGCUGGUGGCUACAUAGGUGGAGGUGCCGGGAGUGGAGCCGGUGCUGGUGGCUACGUAGGCAAAGGUGCUGGGAUUGGCGGAGGUGCCGGUGGCUACAUAGGCGGAGGUGCCGGGAAUGGAGCCGGUGCUGGGGGCUACAUAGGCGGAGGAGCCGGGAAUGGAGCCGAUACUGGUGGCUACAUAGGCGGAGGUGCCGGGAAUGGAGCCGGUGCUGGCGGAGGUGCCGGGAAUGGAGCCGGUUCUGGUGGCUACAUAGGCGGAGGUGCCGGGAAUGGAGCCGGUGCUGGUGGCUACAUAGGCGGAGGUGCCGGGAAUGGAGCCGGUUCUGGUGGGUACAUAGGCGGAGGUGCCGGGAAUGGAGCCGGUUCUGGUGGCUACAUAGGCGGAGAUUCCGGGAAUGGAGCCGGUUCUGGUGGCUACAUAGGCGGAAGUGGCGGGAAUGGAGCCGGUUCUGGUGGCUACAUAGGCGGAGGUGCUGGCAGUUCAAUUGGCGGAGGAGCUGAAUUUGGCGCCGGUGGAUACAUAGGCGGAGGUGCCGGGAUUGGCGGAGGUGCUGGUGCUUCCAUUUACGGUGGAGCUGAAUUCGGUGCCGGUGGCUACAUAGAUGGAGGUGCCGGGACUGGAGCCGCUGCUGGUGGCUACAUAGGUGGAGGUGCCGGGAUUGGCGCAGGUGCUUAUGGUUCCAUUUACGGUGGAGCUGAAAUUGGUGUAGGUGCUAGCAUGAGAACCACUGGUGUAACAAACAGGCGUAGUUUUAGUGAUGGUGGGGCUAACGUCAACCCUGGUGAAGAAGCUUACAUUGAUGGUGGAGUUGAAAGUGGCGAAGGUUACAUUAGUGAAGGAGCCGGAAUUAGUGCCAAAGCCAGUGGUUCAAUUGGUGGAGCAGAUGAAUUAAGUGCCACUGCUGCUGGUACUCAUGAUGCUGAUGGUCGUGAUGGUGAGGAAGCCGGAACCAAAGCUGGUGACUACGUUGAGGGCGUCGCCAAUGGCGAAUUAGCUGAAGUUGGCGCCAGUGGUUACGUCGGAGGAGGAGCUGAUUUUAUCACCCAAGUAGGUACUUCCAUUGGCGCUGGAACUCAAACUGGUGGCAGUGCUAGUGGGUCCAAUGGUGGAAGUGCUGGAGUAGGCACUGGUGGAUCUAUUGACGGAGGAGUUGACAAUAGCACUGGUGUUACUAUAGACGGCGGUGCCGGGAUUGGCACCGAAGCAGGUGCUACCAUAGGUAAAGGAGCUGAAAUUGGCGCCGGUGGUGUUGAAAUUGAUGUAGGUGCUAACAUGAGCCCUUCUGGUAUAAUGAAUCGAGGUGGCUUUAUUAGUGCAGGGGCUAAUUUCGGUGUUGAAGCUGGAUUUGAAGCAGGUGGUUACAUUGGUGGAGAAGUCGGAAUAGGAGCAGGAGGCUACAUCGGUGGCGAAGCCGGCAUUGGCGGCGGGGGUUAUGUAGGCGGUGGUGCAGGAAUUGGCGGAGGUGCGGGCAUUGGUGCCGAAAUCGGCGCUGGUGGUUACAUUGGUGGUGGAGCUGGAAUUGGCGGCGGAGGUUAUAUAGGUGGAGGCGCCGGAAUUGGCGGAGGCGCCGGAAUUGGUGGAGGUGCCGGAAUAGGCGCUGGUGGUUACAUCGGUGGCGAGGCCGGAAUUGGCGGCGGGGGUUCUGUAGGCGGAGGUGCCGGAAUUGGCGGCGGAGGCUAUAUAGGCGGAGGUGCAGGAAUUGGCGGAGGUGCGGGAAUUGGUGGAGGCGCCGGAAUUGGUGGAGGUGCCGAAAUCGGCGCUGGAGGCUUCAUCGGUGGCGAAGCGGGAAUUGGCGGCGGAGGCUAUAUAGGGGGAGGUGCGGGCAUUAGUGCCGAAAUCGGCGCUGGUGGUUACAUUGGUGGAGGUGCCGGAAUUGGUGAAGGUGCGGGAAUUGGCGGAGGUGCCGGAAUUGGCGGAGGUGCCGAAAUUGGUACUGGAGGCUACAUCGGUGGCGAAGCCGGCAUUGGCGGCGGGGGUUCUAUAGGCGGAGGUGCCGGAAUUGGUGGCGGAGGUUAUGUAGGCGGCGGUGCAGGAAUUGGCGGAGGUGCGGGCAUUGGUGCCGAAAUCGGCGCUGGUGGUUACAUUGGUGGUGGAGCUGGAAUUGGCGGCGGAGGUUAUAUAGGCGGAGGUGCAGGAAUUGGCGGAGGCGCCGGAAUUGGUGGAGGCGCCGGAAUUGGUGGAGGUGCCGGAAUAGGCGCUGGUGGUUACAUCGGUGGCGAGGCCGGAAUUGGCGGCGGAGGCUAUAUAGGCGGAGGUGCGGGCAUUGGUGCCGAAAUCGGCGCUGGAGGCUACAUUGGUGGUGGAGCUGGAAUUGGCGGCGGAGGCUAUGUAGGCGGAGGUGCAGGAAUUGGCGGAGGUGCGGGCAUUGGUGCCGAAAUCGGCGCUGGUGGUUACAUUGGUGGUGGAGCUGGAAUUGGCGGCGGAGGUUAUAUAGGCGGAGGUACAGGAAUUGGCGGAGGCGCCGGAAUUGGUGGAGGCGCCGGAAUUGGUGGAGGUGCCGAAAUCGGUGCUGGAGGCUACAUCGGUGGCGAAGCGGGAAUUGGCGGCGGAGGCUAUAUAGGCGGAGGUGCGGGCAUUGGUGCCGAAAUCGGCGCUGGUGGUUACAUUGGUGGAGGUGCCGGAAUUGGUGAAGGUGCGGGAAUUGGCGGAGGUGCCGGAAUUGGCGGCGGAGGUCAUAUAGGCGGAGGUGCCGGAAUUGGCGGCGGAGGUAAUGUAGGCGGCGGUGCAGGAAUUGAAGGAGGUGCGGGCAUUGGUGCCGAAAUCGGCGCUGGUGGUUACAUUGGUGGUGGAGCUGGAAUUGGCGGCGGAGGUUAUAUAGGCAGAGGUGCAGGUAUUGGCGGAGGCGCCGGAAUUGGUGGAGGCGCUGGAAUUGAUGGAGGUGCCGAAAUCGGUGCUGGAGGCUACAUCGGUGGCGAAGCGGGAAUUGGCGGCGGAGGCUAUAUAGGCGGAGGUGCAGGAAUUGGCGGAGGUGCGGGCAUUGGUGCCGAAAUCGGCGCUGGAGGCUACAUUGGUGGUGGAGCUGGAAUUGGCGGCGGAGGCUAUAUAGGCGGAGGUGCAGGAAUUGGCGGAGGCGCCGGAAUUGGUGGAGGUGACGGAAUAGGCGCUGGUGCCGGAAUAGGCGCUGGUGGUUACAUCGGCGGCGAAGCCGGAAUUGGCGGUGGAGGUUACAUCGGCGGCGAAGCCGGAAUUGGCGGUGGAGGUUAUAUAGGCGGAGGUGCCGCAAUUGGUGGAGGUGCCGAAAUAGGAGCUGGAGGCCACAUCGGUGGAGGUGCGGGAAUUGGUGGAGGCGCCGGAAUUGGCGGAGGCGCCGGAAUUGGUGGAGGUGCCGAAAUCGGCGCUGGAGGCUACAUCGGUGGCGAAGCCGGAAUUGGCGGCGGAGGCUAUAUAGGCGGAGGUGCCGGAAUUGGCGGCGGAGGCUAUAUAGGCGGCGGUGCAGGAAUUGGCGGAGGUGCGGGCAUUGGUGCCGAAAUCGGCGCUGGAGGCUACAUUGGUGGUGGAGCUGGAAUUGGCGGCGGAGGCUAUAUAAGCGGAGGUGCAGGAAUUGGCGGAGGCGCCGGAAUUGGUGGUGGUGACGGAAUAGGCGCUGGUGCCGGAAUAGGCGCUGGUGGUUACAUAGGCGGCGAAGCCGGAAUUGGCGGCGGAGGCUAUAUAGGCGGAGGUGCAGGAAUUGGCGGAGGCGCCGGAAUUGGUGGAGGCGCCGGAAUUGGUGGAGGUGCCGAAAUCGGCGCUGGUGGUUACAUCGGUGGCGAAGCGGGAAUUGGCGGUGGAGCCUAUAUAGGCGGAGGUGCAGGAAUUGGCGGAGGUGCGGGCAUUGGUGCCGAAAUCGGCGCUGGUGGUUACAUUGGUGGAGGUGCCGGAAUAGGCGCUGGUGGUUACAUCGGUGGCGAAGCCGGAAUUGGCGGCGGAGGAUACAUUGUUGGCGGAGCCGGAGGCUUUGUAGACGGAGGUGCUGGAGGAUACAUCGGUGGCGGAGGAGGAGGCUAUGUAGACGGAGGAGCUGGAGGAUACAUCGGUGGCGGAGGAGGAGGCUAUGUAGACGGAGGAGCUGGAGGACAUCGGUGGCGGAGGAGGAGCCUGGAGACCGAGCUGGAGGAUACAUCGGUGGCGGAGGAGGAGGCUAUGUAG